GAUUGAACCCAGGGCUUCACAGGCUGAGCAUUUUGCUUUUACCACUGAGCUACACCCCAGCAAAAAUAAACAUUCCUAAAUGUAUUCUUUGGUGAAAGGGGUAAUUAAAAAUUGAAAUAGCUAUAAAAUAUUAAUACAGUUUCAAAGAGGAAUGUUAGAAAUUGUUUAUCAAAAACUAAAGGGACCCAGGAUUAAAGUUACUAACACUCAUACCAAUUAAGUUAAAUGUUGAGGAGUAAUCAGAAAAACACAGACGUCAAGAGUGGCAGAACUACCGGUCUCUCAGUCAAAUUAAUUCUUUUUAAUAUGCAAAGGUUAAAGUUUUCUCUUUAGGUUAUUAAACUGUUCUUUAGAGAGCUAUAUUAAGAUAUUACUAACAAUUUCAAUUUAUAAAUUUGGACACACAUUUUACUUCAAAAAAAGGUCAUAACCCAAAUACAAAAGCAAUGAAUAAGAGAGAAAUAGGCUUAAGCUGAUUUUUUUCUUUCUCAAUUAUUACUACUCAAACAAAACAAAAAAGAAAUCUGAGAGGUUGCCAGAACCCCGGAAGGCAUUUCCGCAUUGAAACAGUUAAAGGGCAGCCGGGCCAGUGACCAUUUGCAAGCCUCCUAGGUACAUUCCCCACAGAUUAAAAGAACUGCAAACAAACUGGGCUGAAACCUUUCUUUGUCCAAACCCAGCCUCUUCUUCCUGUGAUGUCACAUUACAAAUCUAGGGAGCCUUUCUUUUUCACUUCACAGAAAGCCCUUCUCAUAAUACAGCUGCUAACUGUGAAAGAGGCAAGGGCCAUUUCAGCAAGAGCUAACAUGCUUGGGAAUUUAUUUUUGAACCUUUAAAAGACUCGUCUACUUACCGCCAUUUGGGAUUCACUGCAGGAAUACCAAAAAGGAAAACUUCAUUUAAAAGAAGGAAGAAGUAAGAGGACGAAUUAGGAAUGUUUAAGCCUCUGAAACGCUGUACUGAGAAUCCAAGUGAGAUUGAUAACUUAAGCUUCAACAUUCCGGAGCAGAAAGAAACUUUCAUUUUGGAAUAUUCAUCUUGAUUUCUGCAAUACAAGUUUGCCAGAGUGCUGUGUUCCAUCUGGAGACACAGCUUUUCUUUACAUUCGCAAUCCUAUGGGUUGGCUUCAUUGACUGAACUUUCUGUCAGUUAACAAAGCCCUGGCUUCAUGGAUUUCUCUGGAGACUAGAAAAUGAGAAUAUUUUCCGGCUGAAGAACGUACUGGAAACUUUCCAGCAACAAGUUUCAUGCUUCUUUCAGAGGAAAAGAAAAUAUUUAUAAUACCACCCAGAGAUCCAAAUAACUGGGUGUUGCUGUGGCCACAAUCUGAAUACCAAAGGAGACUGACUGCAGCCAAAAAGGACCUCAUCCAAGCUGGACUGCCUUUAUCAUGGUAAGCACUAACAGCUCCCAUUGCUCCUACGAUGACUCCUUUAAGUACACUUUGUAUGGGUGCAUGUUCAGCAUGGUGUUUGUGCUCGGGUUAAUAUCAAAUUGUGUUGCCAUAUACAUUUUCAUCUGUGCCCUGAAAGUGCGAAAUGAAACUACAACAUACAUGGUUAACUUGGCCAUGUCAGACUUGCUUUUUGUUUUCACUUUACCCUUCAGAAUUUUUUACUUUGCAACACGGAAUUGGCCCUUUGGAGAUUUACUUUGUAAGAUUUCUGUGAUGCUGUUUUAUACCAACAUGUAUGGAAGCAUUCUGUUCUUAACCUGUAUUAGUGUAGAUCGAUUUCUGGCAAUCGUCUACCCAUUUAAGUCAAAAACUCUAAGAACCAAACGGAAUGCAAAGAUUGUUUGCCUUGCCGUCUGGUUAACUGUGAUGGGCGGAAGUGCACCAGCAGUGUUUUUUCAGUCUACCCAUUCUCAGCGUAACAAUACCUCAGAAGCCUGCUUUGAAAACUUCCCAGAAGCCACAUGGAAAACCUAUCUCUCAAGGAUUGUAAUUUUCAUUGAGAUUGUGGGAUUUUUUAUUCCACUCAUUUUGAAUGUGACUUGUUCUAGUAUGGUGCUGAGAACUUUAAAUAAGCCUGUUACAUUAAGUAGAAGCAAAAUAAACAAAACUAAGGUUUUAAAAAUGAUUUUUGUACAUUUGGUCAUAUUCUGUUUCUGUUUUGUGCCUUACAAUAUUAAUCUUAUUUUAUAUUCUCUUAUGAGAACACAAACCUUUGUUAAUUGCUCAGUAGUGGCAGCAGUCAGGACAAUGUACCCAAUCACUCUCUGCAUUGCUGUCUCCAACUGUUGUUUUGACCCCAUAGUUUACUACUUUACGUCGGACACAAUUCAGAAUUCAAUAAAAAUGAAAAACUGGUCUGUUAGGAGGAGUGACUCCAGAUUCUCUGCAGUUCAAGGCACAGACAGUUUUAUUCAACACAACCUACAGAACUUAAAAAGUAAGAUAUUUGACAAUGAGUCUACAAUAUAAGCUGGCUGAAAUAAAACCACCGGGACUUAACUGGGAUGGAACCGCAAGUUCCUUCAACUGUGACAAGUGUUCUCUGGGAAAAACUAUUUCUCCAUCUCCAAAAGAAAACAGACACAUGGACAUUUUAAUGUUUUUAAAGAAAAUUUGUAUCCAAUGUGUUAAGCAUUAAAAUAUAUUCUAUUCUUGUAUACAUUCCAUUUUAUUUUUCUGAGCCACUUUAAUGUAUUCUUUCUUCAUUAAAAAAACUCUAAAAAUUUUAAAGUGAUUAUGAUUUAAA